GAAUGCUGAUUUGGAUUGUUUAUCAUUCAAACUGCGGCUAUAGAGUCUAGUCUAGACUCUUGUUAAUAUUGGCAAUAGAGUCUAGUGCCAAUAGACUUCUAUCUAGUCUAGAUUUUUUUUUUAAAAGUCUAGAUCAAGAAAUACACAUGGCAUCUUUAGAACUUGAUGAUGAUAUUCAUAGACUGGAAGGCACCAGUGGGAAAGAGACUGGGGGGUUAAUCAUAAUGAAGAAAGGACCAUCAAAAGAUGGGGAUACAGCUCACACUUUUAAAAGGCCAGAUAUGCCUAAGGUGUCAUUGUUAGGCUUAGACAAAUUGGCUGCUUCAAAAAGAGAAAUAGAUAGUGAGAUACAUAUGACACCCAAAAGGUCAAAAGUAUCUUCUUAUAAAGAAGAUGAUGAGAAUGAUGUUGAAGAUGAUGAUUAUAAAAAGAUGUCCAAAAAAACAAACAAGGAUAAAGAAAGAUAUUAUCGACAUCCUCAAGAAGAAACACCCUCACAUCCAGGUGGUGUUAACUCUGAAGCUAAACACAGACUUCAGAAACAUAGUAGGUACAAAGAUCGUGGUAUUUCAGCUUACUCAUCUAGCAAAGAAAAGAAAAGAGAGAAAGAGAGAAGAAGAGAUAAAGAUUCCUACAGUGAAAGAAAAUCUUUCUAUGAUGAUAGAUCAGCUAGAUCCUACAGAUCUGAGAGAGCAUCUAGAGAUUGGGAAGAAACACCUGAUUCAAGAAGAUCAUAUUAUCAUGAUUCAGUUCAAACUCCUAGUUAUAAAAUAAAAGAUACCCCAUCAAGAUCAUCUUGGGAUGACGAUGAUUUGCCAAGCAAUUCUAAGUCAUCAUGGGAUAUGCCCACACCAUCACGAGAUCAUUCUAGUACAAAGGAAAUAAAGUCAGUCAGGGGUAACAACAAAAGUGUAGACAAUAGGCAAAGCAGUCGAUCAGAAAGAGACAACAAGCCAUCAAGGAAACAAAGUGAUUACACUCCUAAAGCCACACCCACUUAUAAAUAUAAUGAAUGGAUGAAAGACAAGAAAACUAUUCAGUACACACCAAAAGAAGAAAUGAAGUCUGGUAAAGAAAAUGUUUUAGAGUUUGAGUCUGAGGAAGAUCGCCAAGAAUGGGAAAAUGAGCAAAAACGUUUGGAUAGAGAAUGGUACAAUCUUGAUGAAGGUUAUGAUGAUGAACACAAUCCAUUUUCUGGAACAUCGCAAGCUUACACCAAGAAGAAAGAAGAAGAACUAGAGCAAAAGAAAAAAAAGCGCAUGUCAGCACAACAGAGGCAGAUCAAUAAAGACAAUGAGCUCUGGGAGACUAACAGAAUGUUACGAAGUGGUGUUGUCAACAGAGUCAACUUUGAUGAAGACUUUGAUGAUGAAAAUGAAGCCAGGGUUCACCUGCAAGUCCUCAACAUAGUUCCUCCAUUUCUAGAUGGUAGGAUUGUAUUUACCAAACAACCUGAACCCGUGGUUCCUCUCAGGGAUCCUACCUCAGACAUGGCUGUAGUAUCCAGAAAAGGUUGUCCGGUGGUCAGAAUACACAGAGAACAAAAAGAGAGGAAGAAAGCACAAAAAAAAGAAUGGGAAUUGGCUGGCACCAACAUUGGAAACAUAAUGGGCAUUAAGAAAGUAGACGAUGAAGAGGACAAAACCUUGGAACCCAACUUCAAAGAAGAUCACAAAUUUGCAGAUGUGAUGCAGGAGAAAAAUGAAGCUGUUAGUGAGUUUGCUUUAAAAAGAUCUAUAAGAGAGCAGAGGCAAUACUUGCCAAUAUUUGCUGUUAGAAACCAGCUUUUAACAAUCAUCAGAGACAACAAUGUAAUCAUUAUUGUUGGUGAGACAGGCUCUGGAAAAACAACUCAGCUGACACAGUAUCUUCAUGAAGAUGGCUAUACCAAGCUAGGUAUGAUAGGCUGUACUCAGCCUAGACGUGUGGCAGCGAUGUCAGUAGCUAAACGUGUAGCUGAAGAGAUGAAUGUCAAACUUGGUGAAGAAAUUGGCUAUGCUAUUAGAUUUGAAGAUUGUACAUCUGAGAAAACUAUGAUAAAGUAUAUGACAGAUGGUAUAUUAUUGAGAGAAUCUUUGAGAGAAUCUGAUUUAGAUAACUACAGUGCUAUCAUUAUGGAUGAAGCUCAUGAAAGAUCGUUGAAUACAGAUGUUCUGUUUGGUUUACUCAGAAAUGUGGUGGCUCGCAGACAUGACUUAAAGCUGAUUGUCACAUCUGCAACCAUGGAUGCCACCAAGUUUGCCAUGUUUUUUGGCAAUGUUCCUGUGUUCACAAUCCCUGGACGUACUUUCCCUGUGGACAUCUUGUACUCCAAAAAUCCCCAGGAAGACUAUGUUGAUGCUGCUGUUAAACAAGCUCUGCAAGUACAUCUCGGAGGACAGCCAGGAGAUAUGCUGAUCUUUAUGCCUGGUCAAGAAGAUAUUGAAGUUACUUGUGAACUUAUUGCUGAGCGACUGGGUGAGCUGGAUGAAGCUCCUCCUCUGGCUAUUCUCCCAAUUUAUUCCCAGUUGCCUAGUGACUUGCAAGCCAAGAUAUUUCAAAAAGCACCAGAUGGUAUUCGUAAAUGUGUUGUGGCAACUAACAUUGCUGAAACUUCAUUAACAGUUGAUGGCAUUAUGUUUGUGAUUGACUCUGGAUACUGUAAACUCAAGGUCUACAACCCAAAGAUUGGUAUGGAUGCCUUGCAGAUUUUCCCUAUAAGUCAGGCUAAUGCCAACCAGAGAGCAGGCCGAGCUGGAAGAACUGGUCCAGGGCAAGCCUACAGACUCUAUACUCACAGACAAUACAAGGAUGAACUGCUCAUUACUACAGUACCAGAGAUACAGAGAACCAAUUUGGCCAAUGUUGUUUUAUUACUGAAAUCUCUGGGUGUUCAAGAUCUGCUCCAGUUUCAUUUUAUGGAUCCUCCACCAGAGGACAACAUCUUGAACUCAAUGUAUCAACUCUGGGUCUUAGGAGCUUUGGAUAACACAGGAACAUUAACACCCUUAGGACGCAACAUGGUAGAGUUUCCAUUAGACCCUGCACUUUCCAAGAUGCUUAUCGUGUCCGUUGAUAUGGGAUGUAGUGCUGAUUGUUUGACCAUUGUCUCCAUGUUGUCUGUACCUGCAAUUUUCUAUCGGCCAAAAGGCAGGGAAGAAGAUUCUGACGCAGCCAGAGAAAAGUUUAUGGUACCAGAGAGUGACCAUUUGACCUAUCUCAAUGUUUAUCAACAGUGGAAGAGGAAUGGGUACUCCUCCUCUUGGUGUAAUCAACAUUUUAUACAUGCUAAGGCAAUGAGAAAGGUACGUGAAGUUCAACAACAGCUAAGAGAGAUCAUGGAACAGCAGAAGAUGGACCUUGUCUCUUGUGGUACUGAGUGGGACAUUAUCAGGAAAUGUAUUUGUUCAGCAUAUUUUCAUCAGGCAGCUAGACUUAAGGGCCUAGGUGAAUAUGUCAACACAAGAACAGGCAUGCCUUGUCACCUGCACCCAACUAGUGCACUAUUUGGUAUGGGAUACACCCCUGAUUACAUAGUUUAUCAUGAACUUGUCAUGACUUCUAAGGAAUAUAUGCAAUGUGUCACUGCUGUAGAUGGACACUGGUUAGCUGAGUUAGGGCCCAUGUUCUACAGCAUAAAAGAUGCUAAAAAAUCACGACAGGAAAGAAAAAAACAAGAGAUUGAAGAAAUGCAAACCAUGGAAGAUGAGAUGAAGAGGGCAGAAGAGCUCAUUAAGGCUAGAAAGGAACAACAUGACAGAAUACCAAUGUCUGUGAGAAGUGCCUCCAGGAUUAUAACACCCGGUCAUGGAGAAUCACCUAGAACACCUAAACGGACACCAAAGUUUGGUUUGUAGCGGGCAACAGAUUGGACUUGAAACUAAACCUAGUACACCUAAAUGUACACCAAAGUUUGUUCCGAAAAGUAAAUCUUUGAAAACAAGUAGUCUGUACUAUCUGACUACUUGUUAUUCAGAUUUAAUGAGUUAGUACCACAUUUCUUCUCAUUAGCUAAGGAACAGAAAAGUUUUUAAAAAAUUUUAAAAGUACUGCUUGACAGUGUGAUAUGUAUUUUUUUUUUUAUUUUACGAAUAAUAUAGCAGAAAUCUUGAUCUUUAUUGUAAUACUGGUUGGUAUGACAGAGAAAUUAAAAUGAUUACUUCAAAAUGGUUAUGACUGAAAGAUAUGCUAAUUUCAGAAGUGUAUGACAGAAAAAUAUGAACGUUUGUGGCAGUUUACUCACAUAGGAAAAGUUGAAUAUUUAUUAGAUUUUUUGGUCCAAGAUUUUGUUUUAAAUGUCUUGCAAUAAAUUUAAUACAAUUAGAAAAGUGUUGA